AUGAUUAUAAAAUAUUUAGCUCCAGUUGGUAUGCUAGUAGGAGGAACAAUCUUAACCAUAGCAAGCUCAUUUUAGAAUAAAUAAGUCAUUGAUGGUUAAAAAUACUUCCAUCCAUUUAUUUAGACAUUUUGCUACUUCCUUGGUGAGUCAUUAUGCUACAUUUUCUACUUGCUUAGAGUUAAAAAGGGUAGUAAUCUAUAAGUAACAAAGCCAGUGUCUCAUAAUUUAUAAUUAGAUAUUUAACAAUCAUCAAAACUCCCUUUGUUUGGUUUGUAUCCUGCUGUUUUAGAUGGAAUAGCAAUGACCUUAUAGUAUUCAUCCCUCACUCUUGUAUCUCCUUCAGUUUAUUAGAUUUUAAGAGGGGGAGUUAUCAUCGUUACAGCUAUUCUAUCUGUAACAGUAUUGAAAAGAAAAUUAAAUGUACUAAAUUUAGUUGGCCUAUUUGUUGUGCUUUUAGGUAUAGUAAUAGUAGGAGGAGCUAAUUUAGCUUUUGGAAUACAGUAAAGCAAAGGCAAUACCCAAGAUAGUAAUGAUUAAGUAAUUGGGUAUACACUCAUUAUAAUUUCUCUUUUAGCGAAUGGAAUGCUUUUCAUCUAAGAAGAGAAAAUUAUAUCAACUCAUAAAAAUAUUAAUCCAAUUGAUCUAGUAGCAUUUGAGGGUGUUUGGGGAGUAAUAUAUUAUUUGGCAUUUUUGAUCAUAUUAAACUUGAUUCCUUGCAGUGGAAGAUUCUGUGUCUAUUAAAACAGUAGUUCCACCUAAGGAACAAUUGAGUCGAUUUUGGUAUUUUUCAAUCAACUUCGAUUAAACUCUCUCUUAUUGAUAUCCUAGCUAAUUGUCUUGAUCACAAUCGGAUUUUAUGCUUAUUCUGCUGUGAGUGUUACAAAAAAUCUCUCAGCAAUGGCAAGAUCUUUAAUAGAUGUAUCCAGAUGCUUAGUAGUAUGGAUAGUUGGAAUAGUCAUAUCUGUAUUUUCUGACUAGUAAUGGGAGAGCUUUAAUCCAUUUGGAAUCAUUUUAUAAACUGUAGGAUUUCUAUUUAUAGUUGUUGGAAGCCUUAUUUAUAAUUAAAUUAUCUUCAAAUAAAGUAAAUAUGGGUCUAGUACUAUAACUUAAGAAUUUAACUUAACUUUGUUAGAUAAACAUGACUAAGAGCAUUAAGGCUACCAUAAGCUUGCAGAUCAUGAAAAUAAACAUAAACAUCACAAAAAUAAUUUCCAUCAUAAUAAUAAUAAUAAUCAUCAUUUAAAUUAAAAUGAAAAACAUUCUUAAAAUGUAAAAAAAGAUCAAGAUAAAAGUAUGUCUUAAAUCAUCAAUGCAGAUUAGAUUUGA